GGGAAAUCCCGGGCGACGCGGUGAGGCCCCGCCCCGCCCCGGUAUAAAGCGAGACGCGACGGGCCCCGGCGGUUGCGAGACGCGGCGCAACGCGACGUUGCCACGAUGCCUCUGUUUCAGAGCAGGGCUGGGCAGAUGCCAUGCAGCAGCAAGGUGUGCAGGAACCUCUUUGGCCCUGUGGAUCACCAGCAGCUCCAGAAUGAUUUUGAAGACCUGUUGAGGCAACAGCUGGAAGAAGCUCAGCAGCGCUGGAACUUCAACUUCGAGACGGAGACUCCCUUGGAAGGACAAUUCAAGUGGGAAAGGGUCUUCCUGGCUGAGCAGCCGCCCCAGGAGAUCCACAGCCUGGUCAAGGCCACCAGCAGUGAGAACAGGAGCUCCUUGGUCCACAAGGUCCCCUCCAAGGACCGUCUUGGCAGGAUUUCCCCUGAGGGGUCUCAGCAGAGCUUGGGGAUUUACAGGGCUGAUUCCCCACAGAGCUUGAAACGUGGGCAGACCACUAUCAAAGACUUCUACAGCUCCAAGCGGAGGAUUGUCCCUGACAAGCCCAAGCUGUGACAUGGUGGAGCUUGGCUCCUCUGCUGCUGGGGACAGCCGCUGAUGCUGACGUGCUCUGGGGGUGUCCGUGGCUUUUUCCCCCCACCCUGUACUGUGUAAGCUGUCUGUAUGAAGCAAUGUAGAGUCUGUAGUUCCCUAUUUAUGAGUAGCUCUGGGGUCCUGAGGGACCUCCACUGUGUGCAAUGUGUAGGAGCAGCCCAUGUUGAGGCUUGCAGCCCCAUGGAGGACUGAAAUGGGCCUGGUGGGACUAAGGCAUUGCCCUGCCUGCGGAGAAGAGUGUCCUCUGCCCCGUGGUGGUGGGGCCAAACGUUGUCCUUGCACCAUCCUGCUGUCCAUCUAUGGUCUCUCCCCCUGCCAGACUUCUGGCCAUGGAGGACACUUGUCCCAGUCACUUGGUGGCACCAGAUAUCCUUUAAGAAAGGGUCACAGAUAUGGACUGUAGAGCCCUGGGACAGCCUGGUCCUGAGGCCACCCUGCUUGCUGGCACAUGGUGGUGGCCCUCUUCCCAGCAGGAUGGAGCCAAGCCCUUGUCCUGGGCCAGCCCGUCCCUUGGGUGACUCACUGGUGCUGUCACGGGUCAGGCUGCAGAUGGUGACAAACCUGAUGGAGGUCCCCAGCGCCGAGCUCCCUGUGGGACCAACACUGCCUGGGAGGCUUUGGGGGUUCCCUGGUUUCUGCUGACCUGAAACCCCACUUUCUUACCUUGUUGUUGGCUUGUUGAGUGCUGCUGUUUGCCCCCAUGUUCCUGCCUCCUUCAACACUGACACCGGGCUGGGAGCUGCCUGCUCCGGCUCUGUUGGACUGCUCCAGGGAGGGAGUCCUACUCACCAGCAAGGAUGACACCAAAAGACAAAAUUGUUGCUUUUUUCCUGGACUCUUUCUCCUUUGGGGCUGAGUGGGGAGAGAGAGGACCCUCAUUUGGCUCUGCAGAGUGAGUGGCUUUGGCCACCUCUGGGACUGAGGGAUGUCCUGGAGUGAAGGCUGCUUGGUCCCAGCGCUGAAGGAUGAGUCCCUGCUUUUGAAGGACUCAGCACUGUCAGGUCUCAGCACUUUCAUGGGGUUCAUCUCCUGCUCUGCUGGAUUUGGACUCUGGAAACUGGUGCAAGAUGGUCCCAGGCAGGAAAGGGACGGGGUCAACCUCCCACCUUGCAUCGUGAUGCACUUUGCUGUCGGUGAAGCUGGCAAGCUCCCAGCACUAAAUGUUUAUUUAUAAAAAGAAUGCUAUUAAGUCUAUGUGGAGAGGAAGGGGAAAUACCUGUUUGACUAUAAAUGUUAACUCUGAAUAAACACUUGUCUUGUGUAAGGGAA